AUGAAGGCCUUCCUGUUAUUACCGUUCGUAGUCGCCGUGGUCCUGGCCUACAAGGACGUUGAUGACAAUUUCGACUUUGAGGCCAUGGUCAAAGACCCGGUAGCUCUAAAGAAGAAUAUGAACUGCUUCCUGGAUGUGGAGCCCUGCACACCCACCAUGGCGAAGUAUAGAAACCACGCCCUCGAAGCGGUGACCGAUGGCUGCAAAGAAUGCAACAAGCUCGAGACCCACACCCUCAGGGUGCUCCUACAGGGCCUUUUCGACACCUACCCCGACGGCUACAUCGCUUUCAAGAACAAAUAUGACCCCACUGGUACCCACUUCGAUGCCCUGCUGAAGAAAUUGAAGAACUUCUAA